AUCUUGUGUGUGUGUUACCAGCUGUGAACCGGACUGUCGAUCGGAGGCGUCAAUGGCACGACCAAGCAUGGGCACCGUCGCUCUCGUGCUGCUUCUCGCCUGGUGCUGCGCGGUGACCACGGUGCGAGCGACGGAGUGGAUCGUCGGUGGCGACAAGGGGUGGACCUUCGGCAUCGCCGGCUGGGAGAACGACAAGCCGAUCCAGCCCGGCGACAAGCUCGUGUUCAAGUACGAACCUGGAGCGCACAACGUGGUGAAGGUGGAGGUGGACGGGUACAUGGAGUGCAAGGCCCCCGACGGCGCCACGGUUCACUCCUCCGGCAACGACACCUUCGAGAUGCCCGGCGGCAAGGCAUACUUCAUCUGCACCUUCCCCGGCCACUGCGAGAAGGGCAUGAGGAUCGGCAUCCCGCCUAGAUAGGAGGAUUGACUGAUUGAUAAAUAGCGCGACGUACUCUCUCGCUGGCUAGUUGAACGAUAAAUAAACUGAGGGUGCUAGGGUGAUGUAAUGUUUGUGUGCACGUCCUGGUUGUUCUUACCAUUAGAGGUGAGCGAGUAAAAAGGCGAUGAGACUA